AUGCCCAACAGGACUCGUCCCAUCGAGAAGGUGGCCAAGGCCACGGCCAAAUGCUCCACUGAGGCCGCAGCAUAUGGAAAAUGUGUCCUUGCAGACUACAAUUCCGUACACAAAGACAUGUGUGCCAAAGAAUUCAUGCGACUCAAGGAUUGUUUCCUAGCCGCAUCUAAGAAGGGCUGA